AUGACCGAAGGGCCGACCGAGUGUCCUUUGUGCAUGGAAGCACUUGAUGUUGAUGAUUACAGCUUCUUUCCUUGCACUUGUGGAUACCAGAUCUGUCGUUUUUGUUGGCACCGGAUUCGAACAGAUGAAAAUGGAUUGUGUCCAGCCUGCCGGAAACAGUACCCAGAAGACCCUGCAGAGUUUAAACCUCUAACAGAUGAUGAAUUACAAAACAUCAGAAAAGAACGUAAACAGAAAGAUUCACAGCGAAAACACAAAGCUGCAGAAAACAGGAAACAUUUGGCAAAUGUCAGGGUUGUGCAGAAGAACCUGGUGUUUGUGGUAGGUCUGUCCCCAAGGCUUGCAGAUCCUGAGGUGCUGAAAAAGCAUGAGUAUUUUGGCAAGUUUGGGAAGCUGCACAAGGUGGUGAUCAAUCAGAGUACGUCGUAUGCUGGAUCUCAGGGUCCAAGUGCCAGCGCUUAUGUAACGUAUGUGAAAUCAGAAGAUGCCCUGAAAGCUAUACUAACAGUGAACAAUGUACAUGUGGAUGGGCGUAUAUUGAAAACAUCUUUAGGCACCACUAAGUAUUGCAGUCACUUCCUCAAGGGUUCACACUGUCAGAAGGCUGAUUGUAUGUACUUGCAUGAGCUGGGAGAAGAAGCUGCCAGUUUCACUAAAGAAGAAAUGCAAGCAGGGAAGCACCAAGAAUACGAACAGAUGUUGAUUGAGCAGUUUUUAAAUUCUCAAAACUCUGCCACUAAUCACCCUGUAACAAAUAAUAAAAUUAAAAAACCAGUUUCGCCACAGGCUGUAGAAAGCUCGGAGAUGAUACCUUCCUUGAUGGACAUGACCGGGGACAUCAAACACACACAGCACAGUCUGGGGCCACUGUUACCCAACCCUGUGUACAGUGGUGCUGGUGCUCAGUCUCACCUCAACAAUUCCAACUCCAGCUGGCCAUUGUUAGAUGGCCUCAGUUCUGUACCAGGUAAUGGGCUGAAAGCAGAAAAGGGCCUGGCAGACAGUAACAAGUCACAGGGUCAAAGCAAUAAAUCACAGCUUCGAACAGAUAUACCACCAGUCAACAGCAACAGCCGUGUAGUUGGUGCUCGGUCACAGAGAAGCGGCAGCUCUACUAGCAACACAGAUGAGAGUCUUAUAUUAAACACAGUGAAUCCUGCCAGCAAUAGCAGAACAUCUUCAACAACACCACCGGGAGACAGAGAACAGAGUGCCGGCUCUCCACAGAUGGACCAGCCAUCUCACAGAAGUCUUCCGCUGCCAACACCAGGGUCCUGUGCCGGUCAACAGCUGCCACUCAUACAAGGACAGGGGAUAUCAGUUUCUGCUUACACACCUCCGACCACAUCUGUUAAUGGAGCACAUGCUCAGUCCCACUCGGAGGCAGAUGAAACCUCUACAGACAGCAUUGGUGCUAUUGGAUCUAACAGAAGGCCUGGCUUGUCCGAGGCCUACAACGCCCAAGGUCUUUCAUUCUUCAGCAACAACUUGUUUACUUCUUCUGCAGGAGCAGCACAAACCCUAACGAAUACGUCUUUCCAAGAAUUGCCAAAUAUUUCACUAGCCAAUCAGGAGAUGCCUGAUUCUCUCCCAGUGUUCCCCAACACAGAGUGGUCGUCAGUGCUUGAUCUCAGGAACAGCGAUGAUGAUCUAGGAUUCGAUCCGUGUGCAGAGUCAUUCAAAGGCCUGGCUGACCUCAUGGAGAAAGAGAAUGGAAUGCAACAACAGCAGCAUUAUCUCCACCUUGCUCAGCAACAGCAACAACACAAACUGGGUUUAUCUGCCCCGUCAGACAUUCUCACUCACCAUGCUCCACUGUCACCUCUCCAGAACAACAGCGAGUUUUUAAGGAGUGUACCUGUCCCCCCAGGUUUCUCAUUUUCACAUUUACAACAGCAGCAACAGCAGCAUCUUCAUCAACAACAGCAGUUUUUCAGACAAGAACUGAAUGGCUCGAAAAUGUUAGAUCAUCUACCACAGCUGAACCCAGCAGCUCAUCAAAGGUUUCCUCCAAGCUCAGGGUAUCACAGCCUGUCACCAGAUCUGCAUGUACAACAGUCACUGCAG